AUGGAAGUGAAAUUUCAGCCUUUGGCUAGUUCCUAUUGCGACUCUUAUCCCGUGGGUGAAUUCCAUAGGGUGGCGAGUGUGAUACUUCUAAGUUCUCACUUGUAUUACCUUCUCAAAUCCAUAUUUCCGACAUCAGCUAAUCAUGCCCCUUAUCUUCGUCAACAUGAGGAUUGUUUUCCCUCUGUCCUUCGAUGUGUCAAAAAGAUGUUCAAGACUCGUCAGGAUCAUCUUUCCCUUGACCUUAAAAGUGUCAAAAAGAAGAUCAAGAUUCUUACAACUGGCGUAAAGCAGAUUUACGAUGAGAAUAUGUGUGACAUUAAUGGAGUAGCAGGCAAAAAACUCGAGCACCCUUUUUCCAAAACCGAAGGAGGUUCAAGUUCAUCUGGAGAGAGCAACACAUCCAAAGUGGCAGAAGAGAAGGUGGUGGUUGGUUUCAAGGAGAAGGUAGAGACAUUAAUGGGAAUGCUUCUCGACAAUGGAGAAGGUGGCCGACUGGAGAUAAUAUCAAUCGUUGGUGCAGCUGGAGGUGGCAAAACCACUUUGGCCAGAGAAGUAUAUGAUCAUCCUUUGACGUCACAUACCUUUGAAAUUCGUGCAUGGGUCAAUGUUUCUCAAGAUUAUGAUAAGACUAUGAAGAGAAAUUUGUUGACUCGUAUUCUGGAACAAGCUUCCCCAACAAAUCAUGGAGAUGACAAGAAGAGUACAGAAGAUAAAUUGGGAGAAGGCACUUCCCCGAAAAAACUUGGAGAAGAAGAGAAGAUUAGUGAGGAUGAAUUGGGAGAAAAAACAUACAUAUGCUUGAAGGGUAAGAAAUAUCUCAUUGUCAUGGAUGACAUAUGGGGCAUUCAAGCCUGGAAUGAUAUCCAAAGAUCACUUCCUAAGGAAUGCAAUGGCAGCAAAGUGUUGUUCACUAGUCGACUACUUGUCGAACCUAAUGGCAUCCAUUCCGUCCCUCAUCGUUUGGCUCCUUUACCAAAAAGUUGCAGUUGGGAGUUGUUACAAAAGAAGGUAUUCGGGAAGAAAUGUUGCCCACCAGAGUUGGUUGGCAUUGGUGAGCAUAUAGCAGAAAAAUGUGAAGGACUACCACUCGCAAUUGUCGCAAUAGCUGGCAUUCUGGCAGUGGAAGACAAGACACUCGACAUGUGGAAGGAUGUUUCCAAAUGUUUAAGUUCUAUCAUUGCCAAAAACCAAGACGGUUGCAUGGAGAUACUAGAACUUAGUUACACUCACCUGCCUCUUCAUUUGAAAGCGUGUUUUGUUUAUAUUGGAGGAUUCCCUGAAGAUUCUGAAAUCAUCGUACGCGAGUUGAUUUGGUUAUGGAUUGCGGAGGGAUUUAUUCAGCAAGGUGAAUGUGAUAAAAGCUUGGAGGACAUAGCAAAAGAUUACUUAAGCAGUCUUAUUGAUAGAAGUCUGGUAAUGGUAGCUAGGAAAAGGUCCUUUGGAGGAAUUAAAACAUGUCGUAUCCAUGAUCUUCUGCGUGAAUUAUGCUUGAAAAAAGCUGAGGAGGAUAAUUUCCUUAUGCAAAGUUACGAGAAUGAUACUUUUUCACCUUCUUCUGCACCUAAGUAUCGUCGGCUCUUCACUGGCAGCCAGAUCUUUUAUGAGUAUUCCUUCAAACAUUGUCUUUCAAACCUUCGUUCUUUUCUGUGCCUCAGCUUAAAAUUUAAACCCCAACUGGCAUUCUUCUUUGUUGAAAAUCUUGAACUUCUCAGGGUGUUGCAUUUAAAUUUCCCUGUUGAUGGAUACCACGGUUAUAUUCGAAGAGGACGUCUAGUUCAUUUGAGAUACUUGGCACAUCGGUUACCAAGUGACACAUUGGAUUUUGUAUCGCCAUUUUCCUACCUCUUCAACCUAGAAACCCUUAACCUCAAACAUUGGCCAAAACGUUGGUCAAACUUGGAUUGGAAAACCAUUCUGUUGCCUCGCGAUAUAUUUAAGAUGGUUAAGUUGAGGCAUCUACAUGCUAAAAGAGGGGUAUUCAAAUAUCAUCUUAGCUGCCUUUAUCCUUACAUAGAAGAUGGAAUUGAUUUUGACCGUUCGUCCAAGUUGGAUAGUCUACAGACAUUGCAUUCAAUAUGUCCUUGUGAGGAGUGCCGAAAUUUCUUGGUAAGCACUCCCAAUCUUAGGAAGCUAGGAUUUUAUGGAGAUCUAAUAUCCAAUGAUUAUGUAAUGAAGCUCCCCGACCUAGAGUUCUUGAAAUGCCUUGAGACACUCAGCUUUAAACACUGCGGUCGUUUGAACAAGGCAACUACCUUUCCGCCAAUGUUGAAGUUUCCUGUGACUGUUACACGGCUAACUUUGGAGAAUACGGGCUUAAUGUGGGAGGAGCUAUCAAUCCUCCAAACCUUGCCGAGCCUUGAGGCUCUCAGAUUAUCAAGGGCGGCCUGUCAUGGACAAAUUUGGGACACAAGUGAACUUGAGGAGGGAUUCUCUCAACUCAAGUACUUGAGGUUACAAGAUCUUGACAUCGAAGAAUGGAAUGCUUCCGAAGAUCAAUUUCCGAGACUUGAGGUCUUAGUUGUUAAAUAUUGCAGAAGUCUAAAGCGGAUCCCGAUUGAGUUUGCUAAUCUAUAUGAACUUCGCAAAAUUGAGGUAAUGUGGAGCCGUUGCUCUGUGGAGUAUUCGGCCAAGGAGAUUCAGGAAGAGCAAAAAUAUACAAGAGGAGAUAUUGAGUGCAUGAAUCUCUUGGCCAUAUCUAAUGUUUUGUAG